UCUUCUGACUGUUAUAUUUAAUAACUCUUCUUCUUCUUCUUCUUCUUCUUCUUCUUCUUCUUCUUCUUCUUCUUCUUCUUCUUCUUCUUCUUCUUCAUCACAAACAUGUCGAUUCUUCCUCGGUGGGUGAAAAUGUUCAGACAGGUCUGGAGGUUGAAGGGGACCAUCAUCCUGGUCUGCAGUCCGUUUGUCCUGCUGCCACUCGCAGUCGGAACCAAGGAGGCGGCCUGUGCUUACGUCAUCGCCCUCAUGGCGGUGUACUGGUGCACUGAAGUUUUACCYCUGGCGGUGACGGCGCUGCUGCCAACCAUCCUGUUCCCCGCACUGGGCAUCAUGGAGUCCAGAAACGUGUGCAUGCAGUACCUGAAGGACACCAACAUGCUGUUUGUGGGCGGGCUGAUGGUGGCRGUGGCUGUGGAACACUGGAACCUCCACAAACGGAUCGCUCUCAGAGUCCUGCUGCUGGUCGGAGUCCAGCCCGCCCUACUAAUGCUGGGCUUCAUGGGCGUCACGGCCUUCCUGUCCAUGUGGAUCAGCAACACAGCCACCACCGCCAUGAUGGUCCCCAUCGUCKAGGCCGUCCUGGACCAGCUCAACGAUGACGUAGAACCCAAGAACCGAAGCGGUYCUGAGGCUCUGCAGCUGGAGAAAACCACCAGUGAAGAGAAAUUAACUGCUCCUGAAAAAGGUGUGAACGGACCAAUCAGAAACUCAAGCUCAGAGAAAACUGGACAUCUGAAGGACAUCCUGUCACCUGCAGACCUGACGACCAAUCAGGAGAGUUUCAAACCGACACCUGAGGAGAAACUUCCAUCUGACAGAACCAGCUGCUCAGACGUGGUGGUGGUGGACAGCAGAAGUGAAGCUCAGACGGAGCAGCAGCAGCUGAAGGAUGAGGAAGAGGAGAAGAAGAAGAUGAGUAAAGGCCUCCUGCUCUGUGUUUGUUACGCUGCCAGCAUCGGAGGAAUCGCCACGCUGACGGGAACCGGGCCGAACCUGGUUCUGAUGGGCCAGAUGAGCCAACUCUUCCCUCAGAACGGAGACGUCAUCAACUUCGCCUCCUGGUUCGUGUUCGCCUUCCCRGCCAUGGUUCUGAUGCUGACCCUGGCCUGGUUCUGGUUGCAGUUCCUCUACAUCGGCUGCAACCUGAGGAGGACCUGGGGCUGCGGGUCGGCCCGGGCCCAGAAGGAGAAGGCGGCGUACGAGGUGAUGAGGGCCGAGUACCGGCGGAUGGGCUCCAUGAGCUACGGCGAGGCCAGCGUCCUGACGCUCUUCAUCCUGAUGGUGGCGCUGUGGUUCACCAGAGACCCUCGCUUCAUGGAGGGCUGGGCCAGCAACGUCUUCAACGCCACGGCAGAGUUUGUCACCGAUGCCACCGUCUCGCUGUUUGUUGCCGUUUUGUUGUUCGUUCUUCCCUCUGAGCCGCCGCGAUACCUGUGCUUCUGGAGGAGCUUCGACACAGAGAGCCCCGGGUCCCGAGGCUCCGCCCCUCCCCUGCUCACCUGGCAGGUGACUCAGAAGAAGAUGCCCUGGAACAUCGUGCUCCUCCUGGGGGGAGGGUUCGCUCUGGCCAAAGGCAGCGAGGAGUCCGGUUUGUCCCGGUGGAUCGGCGCUCAGAUGGCGCCGCUGCACUCCAUCCCUCCGUGGGCCAUCGCCGUCAUCCUCUGCCUCCUCAUCGCCACCUUCACUGAGUGUGCCAGCAACGUGGCCACAGCGACGCUCUUCUUGCCCAUCCUCGCCUCCAUGUCUCAGUCUAUAGGCAUGAACCCACUGUACGUCAUGAUCCCCUGCACCCUCAGCGCCUCCUUCGCCUUCAUGCUUCCUGUGGCCACGCCCCCCAACGCCAUCGUCUUCUCCUCCGGGUUCCUGAAAGUGUCGGACAUGGCUAAAACCGGCGUGGUGAUGAACGUCAUCGGGAUUGGCUGCAUCACUCUGGCCAUCAACAGCUGGGGGCGGGUCCUGUUUGCUCUGGAUGAGUUCCCCCCGUGGGCCAACGCCACCGCCCCGGUAUAGAACCAUCAACCUCCUGCCAGGAUGGAUCUGCAGCAAAACCUCAGGCUCUUUACACCGCGAUAAARGAGACUGAAAACUGACAAAACCUGAAGAGGAGAGGGAAACAAACCAUAAAUAACAGCUUUACAGCAGGAAAACUAAAGAUAAAUAAAAACACUGGAGGGUAAAAAUCUGUAGAAAGACUCAGAAGUUUAAAAACUUUAUUUGGUUUAUGUGUGUAAAGGUGUAAACCUGUAAAAUAAGACUCUAUGCAGACGACACUGAUCUAUUUUAUGAUGAUUCACUGCAGUUUUUCAGCAACAUGAGGAAAAGUUUAAACUUUUUUUAUUGAAGCUUUUAAUUUAUUUCUGUUUAUCCAGAAACUGAUGUUGGAGCAGAGAACAGGAAAAUAUUCCUUUUAUAAUCUGGUUUUUUAUUAUUUUUUGUGAAACUUUUCCUCCGUUUUGUUUCAUUAAAUACUCUGAAAGUUUGUUUUUGUUUAUUAUUAUUAUUUAAAUACAUUUUG